AUGUCUAAUGAAUUAAUAUUUAUCACCGGAGCCACUGGCUUUAUCGGGAGUGCCACUGCAGUGGCUGCUCUGGAGGUAGGGUAUCGACUGCGAGUUUGUCUUCGCAAGCCAUCUGAGCAAUUGGAAACUCUGCUCUCAGAGUAUAGUGACCAAAUUGAAUUUGUUAUCAUUCCAGACCUCACCGAUGAGACGGCAUUCGACAACAAGUUGAACGGCGUGGACUAUGUCCUUCAUCUUGCAUCCCCUCUUCCCCAUGGGUCAGACAAGAAGUCAUACUUUCCCCCGGCUGUGAAGGGGACCACCGCCUUGCUGAAAGCAGCAGCAAAGGUGCCAACCAUCAAGAAGGUCGUGGUUACUUCGUCCAUCGCGGCCUUGAUUCCAAUGACUGGCAUUCCUACUGGUGGCGUAGUGAAAGAGAACAACGAUUGGGACCUUUCGGUUGAUGAAAAUGCCAAUUUCGAGGACCCUCAAACCCCGGCUGCAACACCAAUGCGACUGUAUCACGCCUCUAAACUUCUUGCAGACAACGCAACUUGGGAGUUCCGGGCAACAGCCAAGCCACACUAUGCAUUGGUGACAUUGAAUCCUGCGUUUGUAUAUGGCCGCAAUCUUGUUCAGAUUUCCGCCGGCGGAGUCAACGCGGGGUCUAACAGUGGUCUGUGGGAUCUCAUAAUGAAGGCCGAUCCCACUAGAAAUAUGGUAGGGGUGCAUGUUCAAGAUGUGGCCGAAGCGCACAUCAAAGCACUCGAUCCUAAGAUCGUGGACGGCUCGAAAUAUCUCCUGGCCGGCCCGAAGACGACGGGCCCUGAGAUUGCGCGCAUUGUGCACAGACUUUACCCGGAUGCUGGGGCAUUGAUCUCUGAGGAUUUCCAGGGUGUCUCGUUCCCAGUUGAUGUGACUAAAGCGGAGACAGAUCUCGGGAUUCAAUGGCGCUCAUUCGAGUCAAUGGUGCGGGAUGUGAUGGACCAGCAGCUCGGGUUCGUGUAA